GUCUGAUAUCUGUGAUGCCUCCUAGAGGUUCCAAUUGGCAUCGUUUUAGAAAGGUCAUAGUUUAAAUUGUAUCACGAGGACACUGUCAUGGCUGCCUCCUUGAUGAACAUGGCACAGAGAUGUUUACAUCUAGUGAUAUUAAAAUCGCCAAAUUCACAGACGUUUGCUGGAAUAUUCAGUCAAAUAUAGUUGUAUUUAAGUAGACACCACUUCUGUGUUCCACACUUUCUUUGAGAGCAUAUUUCUCAGCACAACUUGACAUUGAGGCGAUGGCACUGGUGUGCAUUCGUCUGUCUGUUCGGCAGAGGUUUCCUCUGAACUGCCGAGGUUACGCCACACCUAGCAGUGUACCAAAGAGAAGGGAGACGAAGAACGACAAUCCUAUUUUCCAGUACGUUAGCCAAAACAAAAAACCCAAUGACAAAGUUUUUGUCUGGGGAUUUAGCUACACGGGAGCUUUGGGUAUCCCCAGUUUUGUCGUCCCUGACAGUGGCAGGAAAAAGCCCCGAAAGUAUCAACUGACACCUUACCGUUUAGAUACAACAGAGAAGAUUUCCUCAGCAGCUUGUGGGUAUGGCUUCACUUUACUUGCAUCCUCCACAUCAGAUGUCAUAAAGCUGUGGGGUAUGGGGCUGAACAAAGACUCUCAGCUAGGGUAUCAGCGUACUCAACAUGACAAACAUAAAAGCUAUGACUACGUGCUGGAGCCUUCACCUGUGGCUUUACCGCUUGCUAAGCCCCAACAGACACGAGUGGUCCAAGUAUCGUGUGGCCGCGCUCACUCUUUAGUGCUCACCGAUUCAGAGGGAGUAUUCAGCAUGGGAAAUAAUGCAUAUGGACAGUGUGGCAGGAAGACAGUUGAAGAUGAAGUCUACAGUGGCAGUCACACUGUGCACCAGAUUGAGGGCUUUGACAGCAAAAUCAUCCAGGUGGCCUGUGGGCAGGACCACAGCCUUUUCCUGUCAGAGAUGGGAACAGUAUAUGCAUGUGGGUGGGGAGCUGAUGGACAGACAGGACUUGGCCACUACAACAAAGUUUCUUGUCCUGUUAUGGUCAUGGGAGACCUGGCAGGGGUGAAGGUCCAGCAGGUGACCUCUUAUGGAGACUGCAGCCUGGCCGUGUCUGCAGACGGACAGGUCUUUGGUUGGGGUAACUCUGAAUACCUGCAGCUGGCCUCUGUCACGGAGGGCACACAGCUAAGCUCCCCAAGGCAGCUUCCUCUGGAGGGUGUAGGCAAAGUGCAACAGGCAGCAUGUGGCGGAACACAGGUGGCCAUACUAAAUGACCAAGGCGAGGUGUUUGUAUGGGGUUUCGGUAUACUUGGAAAGGGUCCCAAUCUGUCAGAAUCCUCAACCCCCGAGAAGCUUCCACCAACUCUCUUUGGCCGAUCAGAGUUUAAACCUGAUGUGAAGGUCACACGCAUCCAUUGCGGACUGAAUUAUUUCGCUGCGAUCACAAGCCUUGGCGAACUUUAUGUAUGGGGAAAGAAUGUCAGAGGAUGUUUGGGUAUUGGAAGGCCAGACGAUCAGUAUUUCCCAUGGCAUGUGACGGUACCAGGGCAUGUGGUGGAUGUGGCAUGCGGUGUCGACCACAUGGUGGCCAUGGUAAAGUCUCUGAUCUGAGGGAGAAAACAUGGAGACUUCUGCAGAGAUCCAUCUUGCUUUCUUGUCAGCUUCUGUUCACCAUGCCUGCCUGGAAUCUGACUGAGAGGGACACCAUCCCACUCAACGUGGCUUCCAUUCUGAUAUCCGUCCUUCAGGAGCGUGUACAGCACAAGUCAGCAGCAUGUUGGUUAGACCUUGUUCUGUGAUGUGAUCGUGGAUCUACUACCAGAAAGUCUACAAAUGUUUCAAAGAGGACCAUCUUAUCCUACAAUAAGGUUUCUUUUGCACAGACAAUGACUAUUUUCCCAACAUUGUUUGGGCAGUUCAACAAAUGCUCCCAUGACCGCCAUCUGCAUAUAGUAUGUACAAUUAAAUAAUGUGGAAAACAUGUCUGUUUUAGAAUUUGUCACCUUAAAAUAGUUCACACGGUGUUUAGUGAUCAAUUGAAAGUGAUGAAUACCAAAUGUUGGUUUGUCUGUGCCAAUUUGGGUUUGUUAGCUCUGUGAUGAGAUUUAAAUGUUACAAUUAAGAUAAUGCAUAACCAUGUUUGUAAUCAUGUCUGUCUCUACUCAAAAGCCAUAAGUGUCACUACUUGACUGAGUUGUAGAGUAUGGUUCCCUCUGGUCUAGAUAGAUGUCUAUGGUGAUGGCUUGUUUUUUUAUCCUAAAUCUAUGGAUCUUAAUGAUAGAUGGGAGUUGGAUAUGUUCUCUAUCAUCUUUGGGACAUUAAAUAUCUUUCUGUUGCAUCAAACAUGUAAAUGGCAAAGUCCUUCAGAAAAGAGUACAUGCUUUAUUUGUACCAAAGUCUUUCUGCAGACCAAAGUCAGAUUGUUUUAUGUCCAUAAAGCAAGAUGCAGUCUUUUGAAAAACAGAACACAAAUGAAAAUGUUAGGCUACUGAAACUGAGUGAUCAUUGUGAACAUUUUGAAAUAAAUUCUGAAAGAUUAAA